AUGGAGGUAAUAUUUUCUGCUGCUAUGGGUGAGCUUGCCAGUAGAUCCAUGUCUUUCCUCGUGGACAGAUAUCUGAGGCAGAAGGUAGCGCCAACCGAGGAGGAGCGGCUCCGCAGCCUGCAACGACUGCUACUGCGGCUUCACAUCAUCAUCGAGGAGGCAGAUGGUCGGCUCAUCACAAACCAGUCCAUGCUGCAUCAGCUCAGCAUACUAAAAAAGGAGAUGUACAGGGGAUAUUACACCCUCGACGUAUUCAGUUGCCGAGCCCAUGGAGAAGACAGGACAAAAGAUCAUCAAGUCAAUAACUCCUUUGCGCUCUCUGUGUUCAACCCUGCCAAGCGUGUACGUUUCUGCAGUGGCAACAGUGAAGAUGCAGCGCAGGUUGAGCUGCUGGAGCAAGUUCUUAGCAGCGUAAGGGAUACCAUUGAAGAUGUGAGUGAGUUUGUAAUGUUUCUAUGCAGAUGCCCACGUUUGCACCGUCAACCAUAUAACAUGUAUCUGCUGCUGGACAAAUGCAUGUUUGGACGCCAGAUGGAGAUGGAACAUAUCAUGAACUUCCUGUUGCAAGCGGAAAGGGCUCCCGGUGCCGCUGAAAAUCUAUCUGUCCUGCCGAUCAUCGGUCCCAUGAGAGUUGGAAAGAGCACCCUGAUCGAGCAUGCUUGCAAUGAUGAAAGGGUGCGCAGCCAUUUCUCCCAGAUUUUGUGUUUCAAUGGCGAUGACCUUAAAGAUGCAAGUUUAGAGACCCUAAGAGAUGGAGGUAGAAUCAAGCAUCAAAACUGUGGUAUGGGGAAUGGAAGGACACUGAUCAUCAUUGAGCUAGUUCUGGAUAUUGACGAGUCUGUAUGGAAAAGGUUGUAUUCGGCCGCGAAAAGCUGCAUCGUGAGUGGCAGUAAGAUCAUAGUCGCGAGCCGAUCCGACAAGAUCGCAAGUUUUGGAACCACACAGCCCAUCAGAUUACACUUCUUUACAGAAGAAGCAUACUGGUAUUUCUUCAAGGUGCGUACUUUUGGGAGCACGAGGGUGGAAGACCACCCGAAGCUCGCAGCCAUGGCCAUGGAGAUGGCCAGGCUGAUGGAUAGGUGCUUCAUGGGUGCAGCCAUCUUCAGUGGAUUACUGAAAGCAAACUUUAGCCCCCGUUUCUGGAGCAUGGCCCUUGCAACCCUCAGGAAUAUCAAGCGGAAGAACAUCUUGUUGUAUGGAGAACGUUUUUCUGAUACUUGGGAGUUUGAGGAGCCGGUAUAUCUUAGGAGAGCAAAUAAAACUUCUUCCGAAUGUUAUGUAACUCACGCUGAUUACCAAACAUAUUCUCCUGAAACUGAACCUGAAGGUCCAGAGAUGGUGAGCGUGCAGGACCUUUACUUUGGAAGGGUUAGACCUCGAGGAAAUUUCAAGGUCCAUGCAUGGACAUCUCACCUGCCGCCUCACUACAGUUACAUGUUUCACUGCGGGAUACAAGCGCUUCCAGAAGAGUAG